AGAAUUUGAAAGAUGCCGUGCAGGAAACUACGCUUCUUUGUUAUUCAUAAACGUUUGUCUGUUACGUACAAACGUCUUGGUUUAUUUGUUGGUAGACAUCCAUUAUAUUUUGUAUUUAUCCCUCUUCUCUUUGCUGCACUUACAACUUUGGGUCUAUUGAGAUUAAACAUUGUGCAUGAUGCAGAAUAUCUACAUUUUCCAAUCCAUGGAGAAAGCUCAAAGAUAAGAAAGGCCAUAGAAAGAUUACUUCCACAAAAUGAAUUGGAUUUUGAUUUUUCUCGAAUAAUAGACAUGAAAGGAUGUUGUUUAAUUAUAGCAACAGCUAAAAAUAAUGAAUUUAUGCUAAAUGAUACAAUUUUUGAUGAAUUACAACGACUAGACAGAAAUAUUUGGAAUUUGAAUAUAUAUUGGAAUCAAUUCAAUCUUACAUAUAAUGAUAUAUGUAGGAAAUACAGGGGAAACUGUAAUUUUAAUGGAAUUUUAACUUUAAGAGAUAAAAUUGAGGAUAUUAAAAAUAAGAAGUACCGAAUCAGAUAUCCACUGACAAUAGGUUCAUCAAGUAUCAAUACGGAUGCCAUACAAUUGGGUGGUGUAUUAACGGAUAAAGACUAUUUCGUAGAGAAUUUUAAAGCAAUUCGUUUGGCAUAUUUCGUAGAUAACAGCGAUUCUACGAAGAAACAAAUCUCAGAAAGAUGGGAAGAGGAAAUAAUAAAUUAUGUUUCUCGUGUAUCAUUCGUUCACGUUCAAUUGUCAAAAAUGUGUAGUGUUAGUAUGAAUAUCGAAUCAAGAAUGAUCAAACACAUGAAAAUCUACGUUUUAAUCAGUGGAGUUAUAUUGAUAAUACUCGCAAGUUUAUCCUGUCUUUCAAUGGAUUGUGUAAGGAGUAAACCGUUAAUUGGAAUCUCUGCUUGCAUUUCAUCCACGUUAGGAGUAAUAUCAGCAUUUGGCAUUCUACUUCUUUGCGGAAUGGAAUUCGUCGAAUUGACUAUAAUUGUUCUAUUUGUAGUUUUAGGAAUCGGAUUAGACGACUCAUUUGUCUUAGUCUCUGCUUGGAGAAAAACUGAUCCAAAAGACAGUGUCGAAAAAAGAAUAAGUGAGGCAUACUCCGAAGCUGCUGUGUCAAUUACAAUUACUUCGUUGACGAAUACAAUAUGUGCGCUGAUUGGGAUAAAUAUUCCUGUUAGGAUAAUUCAAAUUAUCAGCAUCUAUUUGGCUUUAAGUUUAGCUAUGGACUACGUCUACCAGAUAACAUUUUUUGGAGGUUGUCUUGCAAUCAGCGGUUACAGGGAGGCCAAGAACUUGCAUGCAUUUCUUUGCAUGCCUGUUACGUCGAAAUCAGGUUUUCUCGGAUGUUUAACAGCAAAAUCAUCUUCAAAUGAUGGAGAAGACGAUAAAACUGAGACAUAUUUUUACAGAGAUAAAUUAGGAAAGUUAUUGACUUUUCCAACAGUUAAAUGUUUUGUCAUAUUACUAUUUAUAAUAUAUCUUACCGGAGGAAUAUAUUUUCUAAAAUAUGCACACUCGUCUACGGAUUACUUAUUUGCAUUCCGCAAAACUUCCUAUAUUCAUGACUUUUUUCGUGACGACGUUAAAUAUUUUUCGAAAUUCCGAGACAGAAUUCACAUAUUGAUCGAUAAACCAUUAGAUUAUUCAGAUUUGAAUAUACAGAAGAAGAUUGAAAAAUUAACAAAUCAAUUAGAAAAUUCCCCGCAUAUGGCUGGACAAAAUUAUACGGAAUCAUGGCUUAGAAUGUAUCUUCAUUUUAUACAGAAUCCAUAUUCUUGGAUAUCUUUAAGAGGUUAUAAUACGAGUAACCCUGAUGAUUUUGUAACAGUACUUCGUAAUAUUUUCUUGAAAAUUACAUGGGCUAAAUCGUUUAAUAAUGACAUCAAAUUCAGUGAUGAUGGCAAGAGAAUAUUAGGUUCCAGAUUUUUAAUUCUCACCGAUUUAGUCGACAAUACGGAUAAAGAAAAAGAAGUGUUUUACAACAUGGUACAAUUAACAAAAAAAUCGGAUAUACCCGCAAGACCUUUCAAUUAUCGAUUUACAUAUUUCGAUAUGUUAUUUAUAUCUCCAGUAAUACUUAAACAAUCAAUAAUUGCUAGUUCUUGUCUGGUGAUUCUUGUGUUUGUUAUAACCAUACCGAAUUUAUUUUGCGCCAUUUGUAUAGGUUUUACAAUAGCAUCGAUUGAGGUAAUUACCAUCGGUUAUAUGUCCGCGUGGGGAAUAAGUAUUAAUGGAGUAUCACAGAUUGUUUUGAUAUUUCUUGCUGGAUUCUGUACAGAUUAUUCCACUCAUAUUUCUUACGCGUACGCAAGUUCUAAACAAACGGAUUCUAAUGAAAAAAUAAAGGAUUCGCUUCAUUCCGCUGGGAGUGCAAUCGUAAAGGGAUGUAUUUCCACAAUUUCUCCGUUUAUUAUAUUUAUUAACAGUCCUUAUCCCGUUUUUAACGAUUUAUUAAAAAUAUUUUUCCUUAUAAUGUUUUCUGCAUUGUUUCUUGGUUUAUUUAUAAUACCUGUAAUUCUAUCUUUUCUUGAUAAUUUAUUCUCUUUAUGGCGAAAAACUAAGAAUAAAGAUAUCAAUCUAUCAUCGGAAUUAUGUGAAUAUCCAAAUGUUUCUUCUCGUUUAUUUGAAUAAUUUAAACUGAAAGUAUCGUGAAAUAUUUACCGUUAGUAUUACUUAAUCAAUUGACUGUGAAGUAAUUUAUUAUGUAACGUUUUAUAUUUGUGUAUUAAAUACAUAUUUCUUCGAACAACAGCCAAUGGGAAAAGGGAAAACAUUAAAAAAUGGCCGUUCUUCGGAGGUGGCCGUUGUUUACAGGUUAAAUAAAAUGUCGUUUUUAACUGUAACACCAACUGGAAACAUUAAUAGUAAUUAUUUUACAAUUAUUUGUAAUUAUAUUGUAGCCAAAGUGAUAUUUAAUUUACAUAUAAUUAUUCCAAAUUAUAUGUAAUAACUACACAUAAAAUACUUCAU